CUGAAAGAGAAGCGCUUGAACACGUUUCAGAAGAGAUACGAAGUAUGUCUUCGCAAUCCGUGAAGACUAAGAAGCAAGAUGCUGAGAAACACUCAAUUAUUUCAUCAAAACCCAUGUCCAGCAGACAAACAAAAUUGGCUGUACAACACCCAUCAGUCCACAGAAUGGCACCCAAACGCAGAGUAAAGGCUUGUGGAAACUCCUUAGAAAGGAUGCCGCCAGAGAUCAUUCUUAGGAUUCUCUCAUACUUGGAUGCUGGAUCUUUUAAAGCAGAAAGAUUAAACUCAUUCUUCUCAUUCUGAUGUCCCUGCAGUUCUGUGUGGUAUCAGUUUUACAUAUGUGAACAUGCCAAAAAGAAGAAAGCCAACCAAGAAGGUCAUAUGAUGCGUGAUCUUGGCCUGGUAGGUUUGCAGGAGAGGCCAAAGGGAUACUGGAGAAACACAUUCUUCAAAGAAAUUGCUGGCCUGAAUGUAAACAAGUGGAGAAAAAAACUUCAGCGCAUCGACCCUUAUUCAGGACUGCCGCGUCACACAGAGGAAGUCCUAAGGAGUCUGUGCAUUACAUGGGAGAUCACAGUGACUGAUGGGAGAGGACGGCGGAGCACCUUUGAGCAGUCUCAUGCCUUCUUCAGCAGUACGGGUGUUUUUGUGUUCUGGGGCGCUGUCAGUUGGCCUUCUUUCAACCAGCUCACCUCGCUUGAGCUUUGUGGAGUGUCGCAGGUGCCCCUCCAUUGUCCUGCUCCGUACAGGCCAGGCUGGAAAACGGUUAUGUCCAAAAUAAAGCUUCAAGGAGAACACAGCGAGUUGUGUGUUGCAGACAAGAUCGUCAAGAUGCUGUAUGUUGGACAGGGUGUCACUUUGGGAUUCUGGCAGGACCAAUGUGGAAUUGCUUUUGUCAUAGUGAACUUGCACAAUCACAGACUUGUAGAAAGAAGUCUUCAUGUGUCUAAUAACCCAUGUGCAGCAACCGGAGUCAGUGCUUUGUUUGAUGAUGUGGACCCAGAGUAUGGUCUCCAUGGAUACACUGCUUACAUUGAACUGCACAAUACAGCGAGAGUCGUCAUGUCUGACCGCUUUUCCCAGCUGUUUUGCAGGAGAGAUCAGAUUUCUGAUGGUUAUCUACCACUGGAAGUGAUCAGUGAGAAUAACGGAUCCCUAAAUACUCAUCUAGUUGAAGAUGUCAGCUUGCCUUGGAGGACUGAAGCUUUACAUGGAACUAUCAAGGACUGUUGCAUGAUCAACCUCACUCUAUGGGAUGAAGCCAGGCAGCCUUUUUGGUGUGUGAGUGCACCUGUUGUCAUGACUAAAGCAAAUCAGGACACGGUAUCGUACGAUUAUGAUGGCGAGAGAUUCUCCAUCGUAUAUCAAGACUCAGAGGGGAGGGUGGAGAUGGGGCUGAAGCAGAUGGAGUAUAAGCAACAGUAUUUUUUGGUUAAUCUAAUGAUUUACAUUUCUGUCGCCAAAGUGAAUAAGCACUUUGGGAGAGAUUAUUGAAGCCUUCUCAUGCCAUUUCUCAUUGGCCGUUGAAGUAUAUUUGACUUAAGAAUGAGCAGGGCAGCUACAAACCUGUCAGUGAUUUAAACCAGUAAUAACUUUUUUUUUUUUAGGAAAUGUUUGUAUACACUCUAUCACCAAAUAUUUUAAUGUACAUUUUCAUGUAUCAUUACAUUUUAAGGAUAUAAAAAUCAGCCUGUCGCAUAAAGAGAGAUUUUCAUGUCGUCAGAUAACAUUUAGAUAAUAGAAAGAAAAAAAAAUGUUGCAUGGAAUCAAAAGCUAAAGAAUAAAAGGGGACGUUUAAGCUGGAUUUAAAAGUGCCAGUGGAGGAGGAUGAUGUGAUGUGAGCAGGGAAGCCGUUCCAGAACUGAGAAAUCUCCUUUACAGCAUGAGUGCGACAGAAGGAAGCUGAUUGCAUGACCUGGGGGCAGAGUAUUAUGGAAGCUUGUUUUAACCACAGAAUACAAAAUAAAUAAAGG